UCAACCAAUGAGUUGCAAGCACAGGCGGGGCGGGGCAGACACGGCGUCUUAAAUUGAGUGACGCGCCUGGCCGUCACUUCGGGCUUCGUGACUCAAGUGCGAUCGCUCAACCCUAGCGGACGCUGUCAGGUCUCUGUACUCCAUUCCUGAAGGACACAUACAAUGUUUUCCAAACUAGCAAGUUUGCAGACUGUUGCUGCUCUGCGGCGUGGAGUUCAUGCCUCAGUUACCUCUGCUGCGUCUGUUGCAACUAAGAAGACAGUCCAAGGCCCACCAUCCUCUGACUACAUUUUUGAACGGGAAUCUAAGUAUGGUGCACACAAUUACCAUCCUUUACCUGUAGCCCUGGAGAGAGGAAAAGGCAUUUAUGUGUGGGACGUAGAAGGUAGGCAAUACUUUGACUUCCUGAGUGCUUAUGGUGCUGUCAGCCAAGGACACUGCCACCCCAAGAUCAUAAAUGCUAUGAAGAAUCAGGUGGACAAACUGACCUUAACAUCUCGUGCUUUCUAUAACAAUGUCCUUGGUGAAUAUGAGGAGUACAUCACCAAGCUUUUCAACUACCACAAAGUUCUUCCUAUGAAUUCAGGAGUGGAGGCUGGAGAGACUGCCUGUAAGCUUGCUCGUCGUUGGGGCUACACCGUGAAAGGCAUCCAGAAAUACAAAGCAAAGAUUGUUUUUGCUGAUGGAAACUUUUGGGGUCGAACCUUGUCUGCAAUCUCCAGUUCCACAGACCCGACCAGUUAUGAAGGCUUUGGACCCUUCAUGCCAGGCUUUGAAACCAUCCCAUAUAAUGAUCUGCCUGCACUGGAGCGUGCUCUUCAGGAUCCAAAUGUUGCUGCCUUCAUGGUGGAGCCCAUCCAGGGUGAAGCUGGUGUUAUUGUUCCAGAUCCAGGAUAUUUGACAGGAGUUCGAGAACUCUGCACCAGGCACCAGGUCCUGUUUAUUGCUGAUGAAAUACAGACGGGACUGUCCAGAACUGGUAGAUGGCUGGCUGUGGACCAUGAGAAUGUCAGGCCUGACAUAGUUCUUCUUGGAAAGGCCCUUUCUGGCGGCUUAUACCCUGUGUCUGCAGUGCUGUGUGAUGAUGAGAUCAUGCUGACCAUUAAACCAGGAGAACAUGGCUCCACAUACGGUGGCAAUCCACUAGGCUGCCGAAUUGCCAUUGCAGCUCUUGAGGUUUUAGAAGAGGAGAAUCUUGCUGAAAAUGCAGACAAGAUGGGUGCCAUCUUGAGAAAGGAGCUUAUGAAGCUGCCCUCUGAUGUUGUGACCGCUGUGAGAGGGAAAGGAUUGCUAAAUGCCAUUGUCAUCAGAGAAACCAAAGAUUGUGAUGCUUGGAGGGUGUGUCUUCGGCUCCGAGAUAAUGGGCUCCUGGCCAAACCAACCCAUGGUGAUAUCAUCAGGUUAGCCCCUCCACUUGUGAUCAAGGAGGAUGAGAUCCGGGAGUCGGUGGAAAUCAUUAACAAGACCAUCUUGUCCUUCUGAGAGUAGGAACUGCUCAGUGGCCCCUGGGAACCAUCUUCAGAUGGGCUUCUUGUGAAACUGUGCUCACCGUGGGCAGAUCCCACUUGUCUGUCUCUUAAGACUUUUUUUGGGAUACAUAUACGUAUUUUUUUCAGUUGAUGCAUAGUAGAGUGACACGAACCUGCAGUUGGCUGUGUAACAGAAGAAUGAGAAUGAGUGGCAUCUCUCUUUGUUAAGUUUUGACUGUGGGAACUUUCUAAGGGGAAGUGUUUCCACCUGUACACAGCCUUCAAAUCCAGUCCUCCAGUCAUUUAUAUAUGUUUUUAUAGUUUCCUUACUGCUGUGAAUGUUUUGUAUUCAAAAGUUAUUUCUGAGAUACUACAUCAGAGACUAGCUUAUUGAAUCAUGCAAUGGAAUCAAUGAGUGUUAAGAUAAUUGAAGAUUAAGCAUAUAUAAAAUAGUAGUUUCUGGUAAAUGUUUCAUUGGCCCAUACCAGAAUGUAUUGUAUAGAUUCUGAGAAUUCAUUCCUAAAUUAUACUUUGAGUUCUUGAUUGCAAUUUGUAUAACAUUUAUUUUCAGUAUUUCUUUGAAUAAAACUAAUUUUUCUUUUUACCCCAACAGAGUAUUUUGUAUUUCCAUAUUGGUAAUAAUCAUUGUAUUUCAUUCUUAUGACUGACAUGUCAUCUCCUCUUGAGACCAUCGAGUGCAUUUCAGGCUUUUUAUUCUAAAUAAAGCUAUGAUUAGUUCAGAUCUGUA